AUGAAGGCGGCUGAGGAGGAGCGCAUCCGAGUUCACUUGGAGAAACUGCGCAAACGAGAGCGCAUGAUCGACAAUCUGGAGCAGCAUGCCAAAGCUGCCUCGGCAGAAGACGCGCAAGACCCGUACAAGCAUACGACGAUUAGAGAUUUUCAAUGCCGACUGGAGCAGCUUGGUGCGCUCAUCGCCGAGCCGAACGUACUCAAAGACGUGGAUAAGCCAGUGCUGGACACAAAGGGACUCGAGCGCAUCAUUUCACAGGUGAAAUUGAUCACUCAGCCUGAUGUGCCAAGGGUCUACAGACCCAGCGAAGGCGAUAUCUCCUUCGAUUACGUUAACUUGUCUUGGGCGCACUCCCCCGGCGCCAAAGACUAUCUAAUAAGAUUUUGGAUAAUCCGAGGUUCAAGCUGCCCCGAGGAGUACGCUUGCACGACGAAGGACAAUCACUUUGAAGUGACCGAUUUGCAGCCUUCUUCCAUUGUCACAUUUCAGAGCUCUUCCUUGAAUCGCGUGCGCUACAAAGGUGAGGAUACCAGUUGCAAUGUUUCGACGAAGUCAGACAACUCCCGGUCCUUAGCGAGUCCGAUGAUGAGUCCUGCUCGUUUCUCCCAAGCGUUAAAUAUCCUGGGUGGAGCGCAAUUCAAAACAGGAAGACAUUACUGGGAAGUGCUAAUAGGUCCUGAAGAGAUGCUACAGUCGGCAAACUGGAUCAUCGGAGUGAGUUAUCACUCAAUUCCAAGAAAUGCUUGGCUGGGAGCAGUCCAAGGAUCAUGGGUUCUCCAUCACACUCCCAAGUUCCUGAAAGCGCGCUCAGCUGAACUAACGAAGAUCAUCGAGCUGGAAAACAUCCAUUUGCAGAGACUUGGAAUCUUAAUGGACUGCGACUCUGGGCGCAUAAAUUUUGUAGACGUCGAUAAUAACAAAUUGAUUUUCACAUUUGUCGACAAAUUCACUCAGCCUGUUCUUGCCGCGAUGAAUCCAGGCUAUCAAGGAGCUCAACUUCAACUAAGGAAUGGAUUUUCAUAA